AGCACCCGUAUUACUAACAUGUCUUGUGUUUUUGUUUUGAUUUCACCGCAUGUAUUUGCAGCGCCUAAUUGCGUUCCAAACAUAAAUGGGUGUUACUUUUAAGGUAAGUCUCCGCCCAGGGGGAGUAACAGCGCUCCAUCCACCUGCCAGGCUACUUCAGCAGCAGACAGUCAGUGGACCUGAAGCGCGCGCUGUGCUGCUGCUGCUCCGUGGACAGAAAUACACCACACGCGUUUAAAAACUCCGGGCGAGAGGAAAUACGCGCACUUCUUUUGAACUGGCACGGGAACACAGUCACAUAAAUUAGUUUAAAGGAGCUACUACUUUGUGGACACGUGUAUGCCGUUACUUUUAGCCGGACGCAUUGUUUUGUUUCUGACCCUUUUCUUUGCGCUGGAUUGCAAAUGAUUUGUUCACUGGGACACAUAGGAUCGAUUGUGGCGGACGUCUUAUAGGACUGAAUAAAUCUCUUGUGGGUUUUUGGAUAAAGUGAUCAUGCAGGGAGCUGGGACUUUGGUGCUGGGGACCCUUCUGGUCUCUGUAUUCUCAGCUGUCUCGGUCCACAGCAGCCCUUUGUCUUCCCUGCCACCCGCCUCUGUUCCACGAGUCUUCCUGUCCUUCAAAGAGCUGAAGUCUACUGGAACGGCCCAUCACUUUGCCUUCCUGCUGAACUCGACGGACUACAGAAUCCUCCGCAUGGAUGAGGAUCAUGAUCGCAUGUAUGUGGGCAGCAAGGAUUACAUUCUGUCUCUAGACCUGAAUGACAUCAACAAAGAGCCCCUUAUAAUUCACUGGCCUGUGGCUCCGCAGAAAAGGACUGAAUGUGUCCUCUCAGGGAAAGACAUCAAUGGCGAAUGUGGUAAUUUCAUCCGUCUAAUCGAGCCGUGGAACCGGACUCACCUGUAUGUGUGCGGGACGGGAGCUUACAACCCCAUCUGUACCUAUGUGGACAGAGGCCAAAGGGCACAGGGUUUUCUCCAAGAUCAGAUGCCUCGUGCAGGAGGCCGAACCAGUCGAGCUGCUGACCCUAGUGCCUCACCAGAACCAUAUGCACCCAAGGAAUACAUUUUCCGACUGGAGCCUGGUAAAGUAGAUUCUGGGAAAGGGAAAUGCCCCUACGACCCCAAACUCAACAGCGUCUCAGCUUUGAUAAAUGGCCAGCUUUAUGCCGGCGUCUACAUCGAUUUUAUGGGAACAGACUCUGCCAUCUUUCGCACGUUGGGCAAACACACGGCAAUGAGGACCGACCAGUAUAACUCCCGCUGGCUCCACGAUCCAACAUUUGUCCAUGCUCAGCUCAUCCCUGAUAGUGCAGAAAAGAAUGACGACAAGCUGUAUUUCUUCUUCCGUGAGAAGGCCUCUGAGAUGGGUCAGACUCCCAUGGCUCAGUCCAGGAUUGGCAGAAUUUGCCUGAAUGAUGAUGGAGGACACUGCUGUCUGGUGAACAAGUGGAGCACCUUCCUGAAGGCUCGGCUCAUCUGCUCCGUCACCGGCUCUGAUGGCAUUGAGACGCAUUUCGAUGAGCUCAGGGACGUGUACAUCCAGAAGACUCAAGACACAAAGAAUCCUGUCAUCUACGGCGUCUUCUCCGUGUCCGGGUCUGUGUUUAAAGGCUCAGCAGUAUGUGUUUAUUCAAUGGCUGAUGUGCGUAUGGUCUUCAAUGGCCCUUUCGCUCAUAAAGAAGGCCCAAACUACCAAUGGGUUGCAUACCAGGGCAAAAUCCCAUACCCUCGUCCAGGAACAUGUCCAGGAGGGACGUUUACCCCCAACAUGAAGUCUACUAAAGAUUACCCAGAUGAGGUGAUCAACUUCAUGCGCACCCAUCCCACCAUGUUCAAUGCAGUUUAUCCAGUCCACAAGCGCCCCCUAGUGGUACGAACCAACGUGGAUUAUGAGUUCACCACCAUCACUGUGGACCAAGUGGCUGCAGCUGAUGGCAACUAUGAAGUUCUGUUCUUGGGAACAGAUAGGGGAACCGUUCAGAAAGUGAUUGUACUGCCCAGAGAUGAUCUACAGACUGAAGAGCUGGUUCUGGAGGAGGUGGAGGUCUUCAGAGUUCCAACUUCAAUCACUACUAUGAAGAUUUCUCCAAAACGACAACAGCUGUAUGUCAGUUCAGCGGUGGGCGUCACACAUCUGGCUCUGCACAGAUGUGAUGUUUACGGAGAGGCCUGUGCCGACUGCUGCCUGGCCAGAGACCCAUACUGCGCCUGGGAUGGAAAGUCCUGCUCUCGCUACUCGGCAAGCCAAAAAAGGCGGAGUCGGAGGCAAGAUGUGAAGUAUGGAAACCCUAUAAGGCAAUGCAGAGGCUACAACUCGAAUGCCAAUAAGAACACUUUGGAGACAGUGCAGUAUGGAGUAGAGGGAAGCACAGCCUUGGAGUGUCAGGCCAGAUCUCCUCAUGUGUCCAUCAAGUGGCAUUUCCAGAAGGAGAACAGCGACAGGAGGAGAGAGAUCCGUUCUGAUGGGCGUGUGGUUCGCACAGAUCAGGGCCUCCUCCUGCGCUCCCUCCAGCUGUCCGACAGCGGUGUUUACCAGUGCACCUCCACCGAGAAGAACUUCAAACACACCCUUGUCAAACUCCAGCUCGUGGUUCUCUCCGCCCACACCGUCAACAGCAUCCAGACCGAAAGCGCCGCUCCAGCCUCCCCGCCCCUCCAAUCCAGCGCAUGGACGCCCAGCGCAGAACAAUACAAAGACCUACUGACAAUCCUCAGCCAACCUGAGAUGGGCCUCAUCAACCAGUACUGCCAAGACUACUGGCAGAUAGGGGACGACCCCAUGGCCCACAAGAAGAAGGACCUCAAGGAGCUCCAGAAGGACCUGCGGAAGCCCCGAAACAGGAGACACCACCAGGAGCAGAGCAGCAUGGCUGAGACAUGAGGAAACUUGUGUAAUAAUAAUCCACCAACAACCAUCACGGCCGAGGAGAACAUAAACAAUACGUUUCUCUUGAAAAUGCAUAGUAUUUAUUGUAGGCUUGUACAUAGUUAGAUUCUGUGGAUAUCUUUGUAUGGGAAUAGCGCAACAACAACGGAAAAAAAAAAGAGAGGAAAACAUUUUGUGUAUAGAUCUGUGCAAAUAUUUUGUUAGCAUUGUUACUUCCCUUCCGAUAUAUUUAUUACAGCGGUAUUCAUACGUCAUCCACAUUAUAUGACUGUUAUCACGAAACUUUGUGUAUAUAUUACAGUUCCAGUGAGCGGAGAGUUGGACAUCUGAUGGACAGUUUGACUGCGUUUUGAUACCGGAGUGACUCUUUUAGCCGAGCGCGUGUUCUCAGAUAGAUGCGUAUAUUUGGCGCAGCUACGUUUUUCUGUGACCUCCCCUGAAAAAAAAAAGACUAGUAUCAUCAGAAACACUCAUCUUUUAAUCUUCUUGAUCUUCCAUAUGUUGCUAUGCUAAUGCGUGUUAAAUAUAAAGUCGAUUCUGUGUGUUAUAUAUUUGGUUUAUGAUCGAUUACAGCCUCCUGUACAGUAUGUAUGUACAUCAAUUUUUGUUUUCCUUUAUAUAAAUAUGUAUUAUUGCACGCAAAGGAACUGAAAACAGUUUUUUUUUUGUUUUGUUUUUUUUAAGCAAAUGUUAGAUAUGUACCUCUUCAGUCAUUUUCAGAAAAAAAAUAAAUAAAUAAAAUAAAAAUAAAAGUCCAAGCAAGCUCCUCUAAACAUCUGAUCAUUUGGACAAGUUAAAACGUCUGGAAUGAAUCUUUAGGGGGCUUGUUUUGAGUUUGCAUGAACUGUAUUUGUACUGUACAGGUAUGUAGUCAAAUUCUGGAUAUGUGGCCGUGUUGCUGUAUGGUUUUUAACAUAAUGAAUGGAGAGAAAGAGAACGAGAGAGACUGUUUUCUGAAGACAGAGGACUUUGCUGAACUAGUGAUGGAAUCAAGCACAAUUACCUGACGUGUCUGUUUCACCUCCGUUGUGUUUUCUCUACAAGCAUAGCAAAACGGGCUGUGUGAAAUGAUUGUUGUAUAAGUGUAUUUUGUUUCUUUUCGUUGUAAGACAUUACCCAUCACUGUGGUUUGUCCUCUUUUUUUGUCCUUUUUUUUUUUAGAAUAUUCUAAUGUGAAAAGACCCUAAAUUAGAUGUUAUGAACAGUUAAUGUUAUAGUAAUGUAUUUUUUAUUUGUUUUCUUUUCCAUCUUUGUCGUUGACUAAUUAAAGUUAUAUAUUUUAUAACAAA